AUGGCAUCACUCGGUGCCGCGUCCUUGUUGUCUCAACCCUUGCGACGGUCUAUCGCACGCCAAUUCUCUCGCGUUUCGCUUUUGCGAGCCUCUUGCGGAUCAGCAGCUCAACCGCCUCGCGGUCUACACGCGCGGCGCUACAGGUGGAAUUGCCCAGCAUCGAUCCGGGCGUUUACGUCAACUGCGCCUUUGGCAGCCUCGUCGUCGGUGAAGCCGGCUCACAACAACACCAUGGCGCUCGACAAGGUGCUGACACGAGACUUUUUGAAGUCGGUUCGCGACUUCUGGUACGAGCACCUGCCGGGUGACGAUGACCUCGUCGUGCCCGGCCAGGCCGCGCAUCAGCGCUGGUACGCCGGUGGCGCCGAGUUUGACAAGGCAUGCCUCGCGCAAUUCGAGCCUGCUCUCGAAGCCAUUCAGGCAUCCGGCCUCGACGGCGCCGGCCUGUUGCAGCUCGUGCAGCCCACGGAACCGUGCGACUGGCUGAGCCUCAUCCUGCUCCUCGACCAGAUCCCGCGCAACUGCUACCGCGGGUCGUCAUCCCGCAUCGUCUUUACCGUGUUUGACCCGCUCGCGCUCGCGGUGGCGCAGGCCGCUGUGGCCGCGGGCGUGCCGCACUCUGCGCCCGAGAUUCGCUGGCAGCUCGCGUUCCGGGCGUGGUUCUACCUGCCGUUCGAGCAUGCCGAGGACGUGGCCAUGCACGACGAGUGCCGCCGGCAGUACGAGGCGCUUGCGCGCGAUGUAGAGAUGCUGCUGGCGGAGGACAAGGUGGAUGAGCAGGCGGAUGGGUACAGGAGACGCGCGUGGCGGGUCGUGCAUGGGAAUGAAGAGGCGGCGCGGGCGCUGGUGCGUCAGCAACUCGACUUUGCGAGGCGCCAUGAGGACAUCAUCACGAAGUUUGGAAGGUAUCCGCAUCGGAAUGAGGCGCUGGAGAGGGAGACGACCACUAGGGAAAAGGAGUUUUUGGAGAGCGGCGGUGAUACGUUUGGGAGUAAAUAA